AUGUUUUCAUAUAAUAUCGCCGUACACGAAUCCACUAAUUUUACUCCUUUUGAACUUAUUUACGGUAAAAGAGCGCACAUACCCAGUUCUUUUCCACCCUCUGAUAAAACCGAAAUUUACGGAACUUACUUACAUGACUUAGUCAACCGUAUGGAUGACAUGAGACAUUUCACGGCAUCCAAUUUAAUUAAAUCUAAAAACCGCUCUAAACGUUAUUACGACGCUCACCUGAACCCCAGUACUUUGAAUGUUGGAGAUCAGGUUUAUGCUAUAAAAGAACCUCGAAAAGGUAAAUUUGAUUCGCAUUAUAAAAGCCCGUAUAUUAUAGCUGAAUUUUUAGAUAAUAAUACAGCUGUAAUAGAAGAUGAAAAAGGCAAACGUUCUCUUAAACACAUAAGUUGA